AUGGGGACUCUUUCCGUUUUCCUGGAUGUCCCCUUAGUUAAGAUUCCCCUGGACGUCUACAGAGAAGAUCCACAUCCCCAGAAAGUGAUGCUUGGCCAUGAAGGUUGCCAGACUGACACCGGCGAAGCUUGGAUCCCACCUGUGGUGCAGCGGAUUUUACUUCAGAUCUCCCAGGAUCCAACACUGGAUCAUGAAUACCUCCCAACUCUUGGGAUUUACGAGUACACUAGAGCAGCCACUGAGCUGGCGAUUGGCAAGGAGAGCCGUGCUCUCUUAGAAAACAGGGUUGGGAGUGUUCAAACAGUUGGUGGGACAGGUGCUCUUUGGCUUGGAGCUGAAUUCCUGUACCGUUGGUACCAGCCCAGGCUCUCAGCUCCGACUAUUGUCUUCAUCGCCAAGCCACAAAGGGACAGUAUCGGGAGUAUAUUCCAAGUUGCUGGUUUUGCAGAUAUUCGUCCUUACUACUAUUGGAACUCAGCCAAAUUAACUGUUGAUGUAGAAGAAUUUUUGCAAACACUGAAGAGGGCACCACCCUGCUCCAUUGUCUUCCUGCAUGCUCCAGAAGAAAUUGGACUAAAGCCCCACGAGUGGGAAAGAGUUGCAGCAUCAAUGCAGAAAAAACAGCUCUUCCCCUUUUUCAGCAUUGAAAAUCAAGGCCUGGCUUCUGGAAAUCUGGACAAGGAUGCCUGGGCCUUGCGGCACUUUGUGGAAAAAGGUUUUGAACUUCUGUGUGCUCAGUCCUUUUCCAAAACUUUUGGCUUAUACGAUGAGCUGGUGGGGAAUCUUAUUGUAGUGACCAAAAACAACGAGACGCUGAUCAGAAUCCACUCCCAGUUGGAGAGGCAAAUACAGACAAUGUGGGGUUGCCCUGGUAGCUUGGGAGCCCGAGUCAUUGCAACGGUGCUGAACAGCCCUGCUCUGCUGUAUGAGUGGAAGCUGAGUUUACGGAUGGUAGUAGAGAGAAUCAUGCUGAUCAGGGAGAAGCUAAAAGAGAAGCUGCGGAUCCUGGGGACACCUGGCUCCUGGGAGCAUCUCACAGCCCAGUCAGGAAUGUGCAGCUUCAUUGGGCUCCGCUCUUCUCAGGUGGAGUUCCUUAUGAAGCACAAACACAUCUACCUCUUUGAAAACAUGCAGAUCAACAUCUGCAGCAUUAACUCAAAGAAUCUGGACUACGUUGCACGGAGCAUCCAUGAGUCAGUGAUAUAG